AUGCUGCUUGUUCUGCAAUUCAUUCUUUCCCUUUGCCUGGCAACACUUCAGGUCCAGGCUCGGGCUGUCUUCGCCCACUUUAUGGUAUCUAAUACUCUGCAAUAUACCGUGGACGACUGGGAAGAUGAGAUGACGCUGGCCAAUGAGGCCAAUCUCGACGCCUUCGCUCUGAACAUUGCUGUCGGAGAUGCCACCAACACUGGUUCGGUUGCCAACGCCUUCUUGGCGGCCGAAAAUGUGGGCUUCAGUCUGUUCUUCAGCUUUGACUAUGCCGGAAAUGGGGCCUGGGCCGAGUCCGACGUGGUCAGCAUGAUUUCUACCUACGCGCUGACCGGGGCGUAUUUCCAGCAUGCCGGCAAGCCCCUCGUCAGCACCUUCGAGGGUCCGGACAACGCGGCUGACUGGGUCUCCAUCAAGGAGCAGACGGGGUGUUUCUUUAUCCCGGACUGGUCCUCAGUCGGGGCAGAGGCAGCAGCAGGGCUUGCGGACGGUGUUGCAGAUGGACUGUUCGGCUGGGCGGCGUGGCCGUACGGACCCAGCGACAUGAACACGUAUACUGAUGCCUCGUAUAUUGACUUCUUAGACGGUAAGCCAUACAUGAUGCCGGUCUCUCCGUGGUUCUUCACCAAUAUGCCUGGAUAUGAUAAGAACUGGCUUUGGCGGGGCGACGACCUUUGGUAUGAUCGCUGGGAACAAGCUAUGUACCUGGCACCCGAAUUCAUUGAGAUCAUAUCGUGGAACGACUUUGGUGAGUCCCACUAUAUUGGGCCUAUCCAAGCUUCUGGGUCAGCUCUUGCCAACUCGACAUACACAGCAUUCGGCACCGGCGAGGCCCCUUACAACUACGUGCUGGAUAUGCCGCACGACGGCUGGCGCGCAUUCCUCCCAUGGUUGGUUGACACGUAUAAGCAAAACAUCUCGACCAUCACCCAGGAAGGAGUUCAGGCGUGGUAUAGGCGCAAUGUUGGGGGAGAGUGCGUGUCGGACGGCGGCACCACGGGUAAUACCGCCAGCCAGCUUCAGCUGGAGUAUUGGCCCUAUGAGAUUGGACAGAACAAGGUCUUCUUCUCUGCGUUGCUCGGGUCGGCGGCAGAUAUUACGGUAACCAUCGGUGGCGAGAACAUGGGUGCGCAGUGGAACAGCACUCCAAGCGGGGGUGCAGGUAUAUAUCACGGAUUUGUGAGCUUUUCUGUGCAGGAGGGCCCAGUUGAGGUUACAAUCUCGCGUGACGGGGCUGCCAUUGCUAGUUUCACAGGCGCGGACAUCGUGAUCGGGUGCUCGAGUAGCACAAAUAUCGAAAAUUGGAAUGCCUGGGUGGGAAGCGCGAUGGCCUCGGCCACGAUUGACGCGACGCCUACAUACUCUCUCCUAGACGCCGUGUGUAUCGAGGGGUGGGGUACGGGGAAUUUCGAUGGACUCUGUGCGUUUACCUGUAGUCUCGGGUAUUGCCCGGUGGGUGCGUGUCUGUGCAAGAAGAUGGGCCCGCAGCCAGACCUGCCCAAGAGUCUGGGAGUAGUGGGAUAUCCCAUCGCUGGGGAGACGGGGGAUUACAGUGGACUUUGUGCCUUUGCCUGCAACUACGGCUAUUGCCCGCCUGCGGCUUGCGGGACCACCGAAGUAGCCCUAACUGUCACCACUGCUUCGCCUUUUACCCCGGCCACCUGCACCGCCGGCCAAGGGGAGGGUGAUCUCGCUGGGCUCUGCAGUUAUGCCUGCAACUAUGGAUUCUGCCCCAUUCACAAUUGCACAUGCACCUCCACAGGGCCCUUGAAUCUGCCCCCUGCCGCGAACACCAGCAUUUACGGAUUCUACAGCGGUAGCGGCUCUGACAGUGGCUUGUGCGACUUUGCCUGCGAGAGGGGAUACUGUCCGUCUCCCACAUGUCUGGACGAUAAAUCCACCACCGGCACUGACGAUGACGACGACGACGACGACGACGAUUUGGUUUGUGCAGACGAUGGGACGGACACACGCGCCGUGUGUAACGAAGAAGUUUACACGGGUUGCGACUACAGCGUCUCCUUCGCCAGCUUUACCGACCUUUCCGCCGCGGCCGCGAGCUACAAUGCCAGCUGUGUGAACUACUAUCUUAUCGGGGCCCUGUCGAGUAUGCUAGACUCCGCCCUGGCGAAUUACACGCAAAUAAACAGCAGCUAUCAUGAUAAGUUUGAAGACUAUGUUAGCUUCGUCAAGAAGGAGGUGCCCGAGGUACUGGACACGCUGAUGGCGGCGGGAGGCGCGGGGAACGCAUACUUCGAGUGCACCUACAGCGCCGGCGGCAUCAAGAACAUCUCCACCACCAGCUGCCCGUACCAUGUCCCACAGACCAGAGACGACGUAGACGUCAACAGCGUCGUCUACUACGACCUGGUGAAUGCGACGGGAUGGUGGGAUAUGCUGUUGAGUGACUACGGGCUGCAGUCGAGUUGGGUGCAGCUGGGAGAGCGCGUCAUUCAGAAUCACUGCUCCCCUUCAACGACCAACACCCUCACGGGUACGAUCUGCCACAAGCAGACCUACACCUGGAAGGGCUACCCCGUGGCGGCGGCUGAUCUGGUUGUCGCCGACCCGGCCACCAUCGUCCAGUCGACGUUGCCCAACAUCCAGAACCUGACCAACACACUCACCCUCACGAGGAUCCUGAUCAGCUCCGGCGCGUGGGGCGGGCCCCUGGACGACAUCGUGCUGAGCGUGUCGACGGCUGUGUUCACUCUCGUUCAAGCCGUGCAGAACAUGGCCCAGAUCGAGACGAUCGCGACGCAGUACGAAGAAGCCAAGAAGAAGGAGCUGAUCGAGGAGAUCAUCGGCGCGCUGUUCCUGGUCGUGCCCUUCCUCGGUGAGAUCGACGUCAUCUCCGAGAGCCUGGCGGGGCUGGCCGAUAUUAUCACCAUGAUCGGCGACACGGCCAUGCUGGCCGACAGUAUUUAUGGGGUUGUGUCGGCCAAAAGCGCCAAAGACGCCAUUCUGGGCAUUUUCGGGGUGCUCCUCCUCGGCGGAGUAAGGUCUGUCGAGGAAUUUAGCGAUAUGGCGAAUCUCCGCCGCGGGCUGUCGGCGGAGGACAUUGCGAAGAUCGGUCCGGACUGGGAGGAGGCCGAUACGGAAAUGAACAAGUUGGUAGAUGUUUGUUUCUAG